GUGGCAGCUGAGUGCCCGUCUGCAGGUGAGGAGGGAGCAUUCCCUCCUGACAGACCGGCUAAGGCAAGAGACCUCUGGGCCCUGGUCUCCCAGGCCCCCAGUGUACCCGCACCGAGGACUGGCUUCUGCUCAGCCCCCAGGCGGCUGUUCCGUGCCUCACUCUUGAAUAUGAGCAGUGGUCUCCAGACGCUUGAGAAAAGCUUCUGAGAGGAAAGACAGUCACUGUGUAAGCAGGAAAAAGGGCGUCGAUACAGAAGAAUGUGUAUGAAAACAAAGACUGAGUCAUGAGGUCCUCUGGGGUAAGAGGAGAAAGAGUUCUUGAUUAAUGAAAUUUUGAUAGCGGAAAUGAAUAAUGCAAUGAGCAUUUUAAAAAAUAAAGUUCAGGAAACCUUCCCCAAAGGCACAGAAGAGGAGAGAUAAGAAAAAUAGAGGUUCUUCCAGGAAGCUCAGUAUCUAAGAGCACUUCCGGGACAGGACGGAGGACAGGGAGGCCAGGACAUUGUCAAGGAAAAAUAAAAGACAUGUCCCAGAACUGAGCGACAUAAGCGCACCCAAUGGACUCCACCCCAUCCAUCCUGCUGAGACCCUGGAUGCUUGAAGGGAGGGUGCCUCGGGAGGAGGAGACAAGCGUCCUGCGUGCAGUGGGGAGUCAGGUGGCUGCAGACCUCUUGGCACCGGCACUGGGAGUUAGAAGGCAGUGGAGGGCCAUCGCCAUCGCCUGCCGCCCACACGCAGCCAGACUUCCAGCCAGGAGCAAGGGCCCAGGGAAAACUCUCGCAGACAACCAAAGCCUUGUUCAAUGUGCUUCUUUGCGAUUGUUCUCAGGAAGAUGCUGGAGAAUGUGCUCCUCAAAACCAGAGGAAAACUGGGGAAGCGCCGCCUUGAGGAUGGACCCGGCUGACCCCCCUGGCGACCCCGCUGCCAGCGACCCCGCCGCUGGAGACACAGACCCCGCUGGCAACUCCACUGGCAGCGAGCGCCAUUGCACAGGCCAGGACCCACUCCUGUUCCGGCAGGCCCUGCAGACACUGUGGUCCACGCGAGAGCUGCGGCAGCUCCGGGAAGAGGCCUGGCGGGGGUUUGCUGCCCUGGAUGACCCACUGACCGGACUCCUGGACAUGCUGGAAGGCAGCCAGGCCUGGCAGCGGAAGGGCCCCUCCCUGGAGGCCUGGGUAGUCUGUGAGCUGCACCGCUGGCUGCAGGCACGGCCACUCCCUGCGUCGGCCCAGCACGGCUCAAGGCUGCAACAGCUACGGGCCCGUGCAGUCAGGGUCCUCGCCAGGAGCCCCCCUAGUCUCGUGGAGCCACUGGUCAGCAUCUUCCAGCUGCAGGACGCAGACCGGAGGCCCCUGCUGACUCACAUCCACCAGCUCCACCAGGAGGGCAAGUUCAAAGAAGCUGUCGUGCUGGGCUCCAGGCUGAAGUUGCAGCCAGCACUUGAUGUUGAAAAGAUGUGCACCCCACUGCUCCUCCAGGACAGAGUGAGCCUCGUGGAGCGUUAUGUGGCCGGCUUCCCGGACCUCCAGAGGAGGCUGCUGGGCCUCCUGGACUCCUGGUGCCAGCCCGGCUUUGACAUCGGAGUUGUUGCCAGGCAGCACCCACAGGUGACCUCGAGGCUGGAGAGGCUGAGUCCCAGAGUGCUAAGUCGGCGGGUCCUGAGCCAGCUGGAGCGGCUGGGCCUGGACCCGGCUCUGUGUCCCAACGCUGCCACUCAGCAGCGCCUGGCCGCCCUGCGCUACCUGUGCUACAAGCGGUUUGUGGAGAGAAGUAUGUCUCAGGAGAACUGGGUGGACCACGUGCAGGGCCUGGUGGGCCGGGAAGAGUGGCCCCAAGAGAUGGUAGUGCGGCUGCUGGCCUCCCCCGGCAACGAGGCCGUGGCCGCGCAGUGCGCCCUGGGCCUCUCAGUGCCCGAGGAGCAGCUGCCAGCCACGGUGGCUGCCGAGCUCCGCCGGCUCGAACUCCAGGAGAGGGUGGCCAGGGCGCCUUUGGAGGACAGGAAGGGUGAUUAUUACCAGCUGCCCAUCGCCAGGGAGGACAUCCACUUCCUGGCCUCUUGGGAGGACUUGGCCAGGCAUGAGGAGGCGUUGCUGCAGCCCGGCCAGGUGGUCGGGGUAGACGUGGAGUGGAGACCCUCGUUUGGCACGGGGGGCCGGCCCCAGGCAUCAGUCAUGCAGUUGGCAGUGGAGGGCCGCGUGUUCCUGCUGGACCUGCCUGUGCUCUCGCGGCCAGCGGGAGGGCAGGUGUCGAAGGCCUUCUCCAGGCUGGUGUCCCGGCUUCUCUCGGACCCCUCCAUCACGAAACUGGGUUAUGGGCUGGCGGGGGACCUUCGGAGCCUGGGUGCUUCCUGCCCGGCCCUGGCACACGUGGAGAAGCAGCUGUGGGGCGGCCUGGACCUGCUGCGGGUGCACAGGCAGAUGCGGGUGGUGAACAUGCCAGCUGGAGGCACGUAUGAGGCCAGGGGGCUGCGGGGCCUCAGCCUCCUGGUGCGGCAGGUCCUGGGCAAGCCCCUCGACAAGACGCAGCAGCUCUCUAACUGGGAUCGGCGGCCGCUGAGCGAGGGGCAGCUGGUUUACGCAGCUGCUGACGCCUACUGCCUGCUGGAGGUGCACCAGGCGCUGAGCAGAGAGCCUGCCAGCUUCUCCCUGUCUGAAGACCUGGCCAGGAGCCUGCAGCCAGGGUGCAGUGAGAGACCCGGGGCCCGGGAGCCGCCCCGCCUGCAGGAGGCCUCAGCCCUGCCUUGGCAGGUGCCUGUGGCCGAGCGCGAGGACGCCGCUCCAGAGGUCCCGGUCAGGGCCUUCCGCGUGGUGUGCGACAACAUGCUGCAGGGGCUGGCAAGGAGCCUCCGCUGCUUGGGCGCGGACGUGCGCGUGCUGGGCACCAACGAGGACCACCGAAGGGCAGCUGAGGUUGCCAGGCAGGAGGGAAGGAUCAUCUUGACGUCGGGGCUGCCAUACCACAAGCUCCGGGCCCAGGUCGGGGCUGGGCGCUGCCUCUGGGUGGACUGCUCCCUCAAGGCCCGUCAGCAGGCCAAGGCCGUGCUCAGGCAUUUCAACGUUCGAGUCACCCACGCAGACAUCUUCAGCCGCUGCCAGGCCUGUAACUGUGACCAGUACCUGAAGGUCUCCAAGGACAUGAUGAAGCAGCUGGUGAGGCUCAGCAGCCGCCCGGAAGGCCCCAGCAUCACAGGUGAUGAGGCCACCCAGAGCGAGGACAUACAGGAAGCAGGCUCGGCCCCAGAGGAGGCCCCCGGGGGCUGUACCUACGACCCACCUUGCCGCUGGCUGGAGGCCGCAGACCUGCGGGCUGGUGGGCCUGCCACACUGGCCAGUGGCACCCGGCUGCAGCUGGCAGGGGUCCCGGAGGGCGUGCUGCGGCGGCCGGGGCUACGUCAUUUCUACUGCUGCUCUGGCUGUGGCAAGGUCUUCUGGGAGGGCUCCCACCUGUGCCGCGUCACCUCGCAAUUCAGCCAGAUCCUGAGCAGCGCCUCCAGCUCCUGGAAGCAGAGCUGAGCCCCCAGGCCCACGGGCCUGCACUGCCCCCUGGGGCAUCCACCCACCCACCCCCAGCAAUACAGGUAAUAAAAGUCCUGACCUGC